GGACAAUUUGUUCUAGAUGACUGUUUCAGGGUCACCAUAUUGUUAUUGGGAAUAGGAAUUUUCGUAUGGGUUAGACCAAUUAUAUGAUUAAGCAUACGCAAUUGCUGUCUAAUAUUUAGAAGUGCAACAAAGUUAUGAGUUCGGAAGAAAUACUCGAAUCUUUUCGAGCUGCGAUUUCCACAUCGGACAUAGAAAAGGUUAAAUCUCUCCUUUCAGAGGAUAGGUCACUAAUCAACUCCUAUGACAAAGAGGGCUUAUCUCCACUGCAGUUGGCUUGUUUCCGGGGAAACCUUCCGGUCGUUGAGUUUCUUCUCAAAUAUGGCGCAAAUGUAAAUUCUUCUUCUCACAAACAGGGUUAUACUGCCCUAAUGUUUGCUGGUCUUUCAGGUUUGUUACUUCAUCUCUACAAUUUUGUAGGAAACAUUGAGGUUGUUGAACUUCUUCUUCAUUAUGGGGCUCGAAUAAAUGAUGUAAACAGUAUCGGUAGGACCGCCUCUCAAAUGGCCGCAUUUGUAGGGAAUCAUAACGUCGUCACUCUUAUUAAUAACUAUCUGGAAAGAGAAGAAAUAGCCGUUUACGUGUCGAAGUCACAAUUAUUACCUGAACAUGUAUCUACGAUACACAAACUAGUUUUGCAGCUAAAUAUUUCACCUGUUAAAGUCUUUCUGCUAAUGAACAAUGAGAUCGAAACCUGUAGUCGCUCAGGAGGAAAUUACGAGAAAUGUAUGUUGACUCAUUGGCGUUGCAUCCAUACUAUUCUUGAAGAUUUAUGCAACAAAUAUUUCACACCUCAUUUAACACAUGAACCAUUAUCCUUAAAACUUCAUUUAUUGGCCUGUUGUAUACGCCAAGCCGGAGAGUAUUACGACAAAGAGCCGAAAAUUACAGAUAUUCAAGAUCGUGCUUCUUCACCAUUGAAACAACUAAUUAGAAAAUUCUUAGUCGGUACAGAGCCCUAUGGUUUGCCGUUAGGUCAAGAGCAAUUCUUACGACAGUCCUUGACUUCGUUCCCCCACCAUCAAUCGACCCUAUGGAGACAUAUUGUCCAACAAAUAUCCCCACUAGAUUUAGGCCGUAUGCCAACAGCGUUCUCUGUUCUUACAAAAACAAUCAACGGUACUAUUAUAUACAAUGCUCGUCCUCUUGAACUGUGCGCAACAUGUGGAGAUGGUCCUGAACUAGGAAAACCAGGAACGUUGAAAGCAUGUCAACAAUGCAAAAUUACUUCUUACUGUUCAGUCUCUUGUCAACGUUUACACUGGUUUACACAUAAGAAAUUUUGUUCAGUCAUUAAAAAACAUAAAAAGGAACUCGAAUUGGCCAAGUGAAGCAUAAAUGACAUUGCAAUUUGUGAUACUCAAACUAACUUUUAUUCCACUUUAAUGAAGAUUUGUUGUCAAUAUUUAAUUUAGAAUAAUUUAUUAUUAAUAAAGUUUCUAAUCAAAUAAAUAGUCUAUACAU